AUGGCAUCAACGAAAGAAGAAGAAUCCUUGAGCAAAGCCCUGCAGCAAACGGAACUGUCGUCGCCUCCCUCCACAGCGACAACAGUACUCCGAGCACGACCCGAGUUUCUUCCAGCCUCCAUUAGCCGUUCGUUUGUUAUUUUGGGCGUCGAGACAGAUGCUUGGGUUCAAAUUUUUGCCGAUCGUAUAAUGGUGGGAGUCACUCAGAUGGAUCGAAAGGUUGGCAAUUGGUGUCUUUGUCAAGCGGAACAAUCGGAAGUCAAUCACAAGUCCAUUGAUUAUUCCAUCAAUACCGUUUUGGGAGAUCGGAAGGAUGCCAUGAUUGGCGUCUAUGCUAGACGGAUUACCGAGCUUGUCAUUGAGCGUCAGCUAAUUCCUGGAAGUAAUUACAUGGCUGUCUUUUUGGGAAUCUCGCUGAAAGAUAAGGGAACCGACCGUGAAAUGUUUCAACAGGUUGUCAAUGUUCUGGUAGAUCUGAUAGCGGAAGCCUUGAAACUGUGA